AUGUGGCCUCGGAUGAACCAACUGUCAGUGUCGCUGGCAGUCUUGCUGGCAGCAUCUCCUCUGGCUCAGGCUGCUCCUGGCCGUGGCUGUAAGGCGUCUUGCAAUGCAGCAGACAGUCUAGUUAGUUUGCUGCGCGCGCCGUCCAACUUGCCGGAAGCGCUGCCAUUCUGUAGCAGCUAUCUCCAUUUGCCAGCUUCUACUACCACGGUUACGACAGUAACUCCAACGACUACCAUACACUCUACAAUCUUCAGCCAUGUGGCUCCCACUGCCACGAUAUACACCGAUGAUGUCGACACGGUGAUUCCUACUCGAACCGUCACGGUCACAAACGUCCACACCGAGACAAGUGUUGUAGUUGCUACAUCACUCACAACAGAGGUCGUCACUGUGACUGCCUCAGCAUUGCAGCGACGCAUUAUCUCAACACCUCUGUCGCAACAAAUCACUCAGUCCUUCGGCUCGAGUAGAAUAUCUAGCGGCUGCGGUUGCUUGACAAUUCCUCUAUCAACGACCUCUGUGACUGUGACCGCACCAGCUGUUACAGUUACUGACACAAAUCAACUGACAACGACGGAGCCUGAGGCUACGCAAAUUCUCACGUCGUAUCUAACCACCACCCUCCCCGAGGUUGUAGAGACCACGACCAUUGACAGCACCGUUGUUGUUCCAACGACUACAACUCAAGUAUCGGUGGUGACAUCGACAGUCACGGCCACCGCUGCUGCUGGUCCAACUGGAUACUUUUACAUACGAAACGUGCGCCCGGCAGCCGACAACUUCUUCACGGGCAACUUUCUUCUUAACCGCGAUAUGAGCACAACCAACAAGGUUCAGGCUGCCACAAUUGCAGGAGCCAAUACCACAGCUCCUCGUAUGGGCCUCACUCCAGAGGGCUACCUGACCAUCAUGCAAUCUCGAGCAGCUGCCUCGGCCGCCACCGGAACGGAAGACCAGACUUGGAUCGCUUUCGUCCAGAACAAUUCAAACAACGGGGUCCUCACUUUCGACAAGCUGGCCAACGUCCAGGCAUGCCCGACUUGCCAGCCACUCAGGUUUGUCAUCAGCCCAGAGUCCGACGGAACAUACAUCAACUUUGCGGAUGGAGGAUCGAGAACCAUGUAUAUUUGUGGUCCUAAUCCGAGCGCCGGUAUCAGCUUUUAUGCGUUCUGGACUUCUCUCACAGGACCCCCAACUUCGAGUUGUUUCUCGCAACGCAUAUAUGAAUCAAAGGAGGGAGUCGCUGGGCCGACAUUUGGCACCCCGACACACGGAUAA